AUGGAGUCCUCCAAUGUGCUACGUAUCAUUGCCGAGCUAAGUGCUCGGGCUCUUCGAACAAACGAUGAUCAACAGAGUUGGAGCCAGGAGUGUCGCGCGCUGCGAGAGGCAUUAAAGCAAACAACUGCUGAGCUGGAAGAGGCGACCAAAUUGGCCGAUGUCCUAUACGAGACAAGCAAGCAUAUGGGUUCUGUGAUUGAUCACCUUCUUAAGGAUCAUGGGGGUGAAACACAACAGUCGGAGUCAUUUGAGAUCCUGUUAACCAGGGUGCUUCGCCAGCGGGAGGGACACGGAGAAGGGGCGCCAGAGCAGGGCGCCAACGGUGAUGAAGUCCAAUGCAACACUGGGUAG